ACCGACUCCGCCUACCCGUGAGAGUUCCGUUCUACCCCGGGCGUCAAUUAAAGCGCUUCCUGUGUCAUUUCACUGGUGUCCUCACUAUCCUGUACCGUGUUUCAACUUCCAGUCUCCUGGCAUCUUCAACUCUCGCUAACAAACGUUUCUGUUUGACUGCAGAGUUCAACAAGUCAGAGACAUGUCUUCAGCACAGACAAAUACGGACCCAAACCAACACAAGCGUGUGUCUGUUAAAUCCAACCCUGGAUUCCUGGAGCGAUUAAGUGAGACUGCAGGAGGAACAGUUGUUGGUGUCGGACUGUUUUUCCUCUCCAUCUAUAUUCUCUUUACCAAUGAGGGGCGGGCUCUGCGAACAGCAUAUUCCCUGGAUGAGGGUCUUUCUCAGGUUGUGUCGUUGGAGCCUUUCUCCCACCUCGACCCGCAGAACAACGAGCGUUUAGUGCACCUGUCUGCAAAGCUGCACACCUCACAGCCCCUCCACGAUCCAAACUACAGAGUGUUGGUGCAGGCAGUGAAGCUGAAGAGGCAGGUGGAGAUGUAUCAGUGGGUGGAGUACCAGGAGAGCAAGGAUUACCAAGAGGAUGGUCAGACCAAAUCUGAGACGACAUACAACUACAACACCGAGUGGAAAUCCGAGUUGGUUAACAGUCGCCAUUUUGAUAAGGAAAUUGGUCACCAGAAUCCGAGUGCCAUGGCAGUUGAGAGUGUGACAGUCGUGGCUCCUGAUGUUGGAGUUGGACCUUUUAGUCUGUCCAAAGGCCUGGUGGAGCAGAUAAAUAACUUCCAGACGCUGAGCCUGAGGGAUUUAUCCCUCUUUAACAUCGACCCUUUCCUCAGAAUUGAUGACGAUUAUUUCUAUCACACCCAAAACCCACGCAGGCCUGAGGUCGGGGAUGUGCGAGUGAGAUUCUCCUUCGCUGGUUUGAGUGGCGAGAGGUCUCCCUUCGGACCGGCUCAAACUGUCAGUGUUGUGGCCAUGCAGAGAGGGGAGCAGCUGAGGCCGUAUAGAACCAAGUCAGGAGACACUCUGGAGAUCCUGUACCUGGAGGAGCUCUCUGCAGAGGAGGUUUUUGAGAAGGAGCAGGAGUCCAACAGUAUGAAGACGUGGGGACUCAGGGCUGCAGGCUGGGCCCUCAUGUUCCUCAGCAUCCAGAUGACCAUGCGCAUCAUCUACACGCUGGUGGACUGGGUUCCUAUCCUCAGAGAGCUCGUCUCCGUGGGGCUGAAGAUCUUCGCCCUGUGUGUCUCCUGCUCUCUGUCCCUCCUCACCAUCGGAGUAGGAUGGAUGUUCUACCGGCCGUUAGUGGCUGCAGCUCUGGGAGCUCUAGCUCUGCUUCCCAUGUUUCUCGCCCGCUCAGGACUUGUAACAGCCAAGAAGAACGAAUGACUAUCAAACUGAGGAUUUUCACAGCAGUGUCCGAUGCCUGGCUGUAUAUUUAUUUAUCUGAGGAAUGAGUGUGCAGCCAUUUUUGUUUUUGCCCAGCAGCAACAACAGACAUUCUAUGGUGAUACAUGUUUUUUAUCAUCAAGUGUCCAAGGAGCUCUGGUUACAUUGGGUAUCCCUUUUUCACCUUGGAGCUGUUUAUGGAUACAAAGAAAUCACACAUUAACCACUGCUCUUGCCUUCAGACCGCACAUCUUAUAGGUUGCCUUUAAAAAAUGUAAUUCACCAAAGAAAAUAUUCACAUCCUCUAGAAUAGAUAUUGUGUUGCUUACAAUGAGCAUCAUAUCAGUCUUAUUUUGACUGUCAAUCAUUUGUCUUGACUUAUUGCUCUCUACACAAAUCAUACUCAAUCAUGCAGUAAAUUCUAAUUUCAUGGAGGUUUAAAUCAUUAAAACUAUUAGUUUUGUUUACGCAGGUGUUAAUCAAAUGUUACUUUACUUUGUUGGGCUGUAGUUUAUGCUUUUGAACUGUAUUAUGACUACCAGGUGAUUAUGUUUAGUGUAUACUCACUGAUGUAAAUGGGGUAGGACAAUAUAUAUAUUUUUCCAUCACGUCGGUUUAUUAGUGUAAGCUUAGUGUGCCUAAUAAACUGGCAAGUGGACUGAAUAUUUGUCACUUAUAUAAUUCACAGGUUAUCCAAGAUUUCCAUCACCUUAAACUAUUUUCAAAAUACAGUGAUAUCAGUGAUUACUAAAACUGAUUCAAUUGACGUGUAAACAUUUUUGAAUAAUAUUCAGUUUGCAUUUGUAAAAUGAUGAACGUCAGUGUUUGGUUUACACAGAAAGGCCAAUCUUGGUAAAAUGCCAAAGAACAGAAUCUGCAAAUGUGUUGUAAUGUUGGUUUUCCUGCAUGUUAAAUAAAGCACUUGUUUCCUAUGUU